AUGACGAAGCAAGCAUACCAUCGGCUGGAAAUAGAAAACAGUGGCAAUAUGCUCAUCAUAAUAUACAUGGUCGAGGUCAAGGUCGAGGUUGAGGUAGCAGACGCAGUAGCAAAUUUAAAAAAACAUAGUAAAAAUAGUGCCGAAUUAGCUGACAAUGAUUCUAAUACAGUGAAAUAUUUUUCUCCUACAAACUGUGAUGGUCUUUUAAAAAAAAUGUGUGCUGCAAUUUACUUAUCUCUUGAUGAAUUGUGGUUUAUUCCUAACGAAGUAGAAUUAAAGGCUUUUAUGUUAGAUCCACAAUUGAAAUUACUUCUAUUCGCUACUGCUAAUAAACAGAAAAAUACUGAGGAACAAAUUCGUGAAGAACUAUCAAUAUUAAAAGCUCAAUUUAGCCAAAACAACACUAUUAUUGAAAUAUCCACUAUCAAAAAAGAAGAAUGUGAUUCAUUAAGCGCCGAAUUAUAG